CACAAAGACACUCGUCUGUACGAAGGUCACAGUGUUUGAACAGUACAGAUCUCUCCGCAGUAGAGAUUUCCUCCAAAAAUCAUACUUCACUUUUUCCACCAAAAAAUAAUUAGGAAAAAAAUAAAAAGAUGGAAAGAUAAUGUGGUUCCGAUUCAAACCACACGAUUCCACGACCUUAUUAUGGAGCCGCGGUGGCGGUAGCGGUGGCCGGCGAUUAUAACGGCGGAGGAGUAAGAGAUGGUUGUGUUGUGAGGAAGAUUGGUAAGCUGUGGGAACAUGUCGUUGAGAAGCAUAGUCCGUGAACUCAAGGAGAUGAGAGAUGGAAUUGGCAGCACAUCAAAGCGGGGUGCAGAAAGCAAGCAUUGGCUCAGUCGGACAAAGUCACAUGUAGCACCAGAUAUUCUUGCUACUCCAUUUGAACCUAUUCAACAGGGACAAUGGGCAAAUCUACCAUCAGAAUUGCUUCUGGACAUAAUCCAGAGGAUCGAAGAGAGUGAGACAUCUUGGCCUGCCCGUGCUGUUGUUGUCUUUUGUGCUUCAGUAUGUAAAUCAUGGAGGUCCAUUACAAGAGAGAUUGUCAAGACUCCUGAACAAUGUGGAAGGAUCACAUUUCCCAUUUCAUUGAAGCAGCCGGGUCCGCGUGAUUCUCCAAUACAGUGCUUUAUCAGGAGGAACAAAGAAACUUCUACAUAUCUAUUGUACUUUGGUCUGGUUCCAUCAGAGAAUGACGGUAAUAAGUUGUUAUUAGCUGCCAAAAGGAUAAGAAGGGCAACGGGCACUGACUUUAUCAUAUCCUUGGCUGCAGAUGAUUUUUCUCGAGCCAGCAACAAAUAUGUUGGUAAACUAAGGUCUAAUUUUUUAGGUACCAAGUUCACCAUAUUUGACAGUCAAGCUCCAAAUGAUGUUGCAAUUCAACCAAAUUGUCAAUCUAGUAGGAGAUUUCAUUCUAAGCAGGUGUCACCAAGACUUCCAGCUUGUAAUUAUCUUGUUAGCACUGUUUCCUACGAGCUGAAUGUCCUAUGCACUAGAGGGCCAAGAAGAAUGUACUGUGUCAUGAACUCCAUACCUGUCUCAGCUAUUCAGGAAGGCGGCAAUGCCCCAACUCCAGCAUCUUACCCUCAAAUAUUUGAUGAACAUUUUUCUCCAUCACCAGCACUGAAAGAAAAAGUUCCAGUCACAGAUUUAAACUCUGCAAGCUUAUCAGAGCCACCAGUAUCGAGCCAAUGCUCAGCCGAGCAAUUAGCACUGAAAAACAGGGCUCCCAGAUGGCAUGAGCAGCUUCAGUGCUGGUGCCUAAACUUCAAGGGUCGUGUUUCAGUGGCUUCUGUUAAGAACUUUCAACUUGUAGCUGCUGUUGAUCCAUCUCAUAAUAUUUCUGCUGAGGAGCAAGAAAAGGUAAUCUUGCAGUUUGGAAAGAUUGGAAAAGACAUAUUCACCAUGGAUUACUGUUAUCCGCUCUCUACCUUCCAAGCCUUUGCCAUCUGCUUGAGCAGCUUUGACACUAAACCUGCCUGUGAAUGAGAAGCGUUACAUUACUACAUUGUAAUUGACAUCUGCUGAGUUGCUGGUUGUCAAUCAUGGUGGCAUGCAGCUGAAAAUCAUAGCUGUUCUGCCGUUAGUAUUUUCCCCUUAAAUUGGUUGCUGAUUCUGGAAUUUGUUCAAUCUGUUGUUUCGUGGUCCUGUAAAAUUAAAAUUAAAUGAAGUUUAGUGAAUUCUGUAAUAUAUAUGUUUCUGGUGUUCCUCACUCACGAAUACUUUGAUCUGCUUAAAUACUGAGUUUUCAGUUGCCGAUGUUCUUUGCAGGCA